CGAGAACUGUCAAAAGCAUCUGAUGCGCUGCAGAUUGUAAACAAACCCGUUCACCGUGCCGAAUGUGUUGAGUAACUCGCGUAUUCGAACCAUUUUAAUCUUAAUUUUUAGUGAAAAUCCCCAAAAAUAAUGGACUUUGAGCUAAGAAAUCUAAAAGACUUCCUCACCCUGUACAACCAAGUGACGGAACUGUGCUUCAAAUCCUGCGUGGACAACCUGUUUGGGCGGGAUCUGAGCGCGGACGAGAUCCGCUGCACGGACAACUGUGUGGGCAAGUUUUCCAGCGUGAACCAACGGUUGAUGCAGGUUUACGUGGGAGUGCAGGGCGACAUCAACCAGCGGAGAAUGGUCGAAUUUGAGGCCCAACAAGCGAAACUGGAGGAAGCGCAAAAGCAACAGGAAACGGUGGUGGCGGCGACGGCGACGACGACGACCGAAGCAGGUGCGACGUCUGUAUCUGUCAGUGGAACCGAAUCGGCUGGUCCGGUGGACAGUGGGAAAGUGGAAACCGUAUCGAAUUAGGGAUUGCGAUUCGGUAUUUAGAGUUAGGUCGAUUCUAGUGUUUGAGUAGUGGGUUGUUGUAGUUUGGAACAAAUUGGGGAAGUGGUUCAGUUUUUAAUCCUAGUUAUCCAGUUAAGUUGUUAAUAAAUGAAGAUGGAACCUACCACAGUAACAACGAAUAAAGUUUGUUUCGUUGUAAUGAUAGGACUUCCAGGUGCAGGAAAAACUACGUUUUGCGAAAGCUUCAAAGAAAAAUGCUCCAUAAUAAAAGUAAUCCACGUUUGUUUCGAUAAGUUCCUAAGGAUAGGAGAUAAUUUAGAUUUGGAAACCGGUCAAAUGAAAGAGAAACGUAGGCAUUUUUUGAAGAUAUUAGGAAGACUUGCCGAAGGAAUCAAGUUACGAAAUCAAAUAAUGUUUGAAGAAGCAAACGAAGAUUUAGCUAAAAAUUUCAAUGAAAACAUCCAAAUAGAUCUAGACCUUCAGCCAACUGGCAAGAUUUUCGGCAUUUUCCUCGACGACAACAUGUACUAUCGAAGUAUGCGCUACGAAAUCGUCGCUCUAGCUCGGAAGUAUCGAGCGGGAUUUUUACAGGUGCAUCUAGAUGUUUCAUUAGAAGAGGCUCAAACUAGAAACGCAACACGAUCAAAUCCAAUUCCACAGGAAAUCGUAUCCCGAAUGUGCAUUAAACUCGAAAAACCAAAUGAGCAGUUUUACAAGUGGGAAAGAAAUACAGUCAAGCUGACAGUGAAUUACAAACUUGAAGAAAUUAUGGAAAUUAAAGAAAAGAUCGCGGAAUGCGCCAACAAUCCUGAACAUCCCAUAGAACAGGACGUCGAAAGAGAACCAGUAGAACAGUCAACCCUCCAUAAAGUAGAUUUGCUGUUGAGAAAAGCCGUGAGCGACAUCAUUAAGAAUCGUAGACCGACUUUGAAUGGGUUGGAUUUGAAGCAAUUAUCGGAUCAUCUGGUGAUCAGGAGAAGAACUAUACUGAACGAUUUCAAAGUGGGGCUGAUCGAAGUUGAUCCUCAAAGUACUACUAAUGAACAGAUCCAAUCGUUGUUUUAAACAUACGCUUGGAAUAAAUAUACCUAUUAGCAAAUUAA